AUGGCAUCGUCAGCUAAAUAUAUGCCAUGGGGUGAUAGCGAUAGCGACGGGGGCCUCGUUGAGUAUGAAAGCUCCAAUGACAAUAUCGCUGAAACCAGCGAAGAAGAGACAGAGACCCGACAUGCAUGUACAUCUUGUACGGAAGAGUAUCCACUGUCGGAUAUUUUCCAAACGGAAUGUGCUCACAACUAUUGCUACGAAUGUAUUCUGCGUCUUUUUGAAAAUUCCCUCACGAACGAGUCCUUGUAUCCCCCUCGAUGUUGCCGCCAGCCAAUUCGUGCCUCUACCGCUAUCGAGGAUAUGAUAGGCAUCGAGAUGACGAAGAGAUUCAAAGAACGGAAGAUCGAAAUCAGUGAUUCCAAGAGAACUUAUUGCUGGGAAAAAACCUGCUCUCGCUAUAUCCCGCCACAUAACAUCCGUCGCGGGAUGGGAAUCUGCCAGUUCUGCACGGCUCGAACUUGCACUGGUUGCAAAAAGGAAGGACACAGAGGUGAUUGCGACGACGAUAAUGGCAAUGAGCUGAGCAUUGCUGGUGAUGAUGUGGUGGCCAAUGAUGUGUUGCUGGAAAAACUAGCAAAGAAGAAGAAGUGGCAACGAUGCCCAAAUUGCUCUAGAAUGAUAGAACGUGUGUCUGGCUGCAAUCAUAUACGGUAG